GAGAACGACAACAAGAGAGAGCGUGCGAGCAGGAAGGCCCGCGAGGAGAGGGCCCUCAGCCUGCGCAAGGCCGCCGAGGCCCAGGGACUCGGCGUCAGGCUGAGGGCCCUCUCCUCCUCACCCCUCCUCACCCCUCCUCACCUCCUCACCCCACCUCACCUCCUCGUCACCCCACCACCGCAGGAGAACGACAACAAGAGAGAGCGUGCGAGCAGGAAGGCCCGCGAGGAGAGGGCCCUCAGCCUGCGCAAGGCCGCCGAGGCCCAGGGACUCGGCGUCAGGCUGAGCCACCUGCGGGCGGAGGCCCUGGGGCUGAGGGCGCGGUGCCAGCGGGGGCAGCCGGCACUGGCGUUGCUGGAGAGGGCCGUGGGUCACUCCUCCUCGGAGUUCCACGACGUUCGCCAGCUGCUGUCUCGCCACGAGACCCUGCGGGCGACCCGCUCCGACCUGGAGCGUCGCUGCGCCAAGGGCGACCGCGUGGCCGCCCAGGAGCGGGCGGCCGGCGCCCGCUGGGCCGAGGGCGAGCGGGCGAGGGAGCUGGCGCUCGGCGGCGAGCUGGGACGGCUCCAGGAGGCCCUCGACGCGGCGAGGGCACGGGGGCUGGCCGCGGAGUCCCGAUGGACGCACAUCCAGAACACAGCGUGUAUGAAGACUCUGCUGCUGGGCCAGAUCCGCAUGGCGACCUUCAACCUGCACCAGCUGGUGGCCGGCCGGAUGGGCGGCGAGCGGGCGGAGCCCGGCACGGGGGACACGGAGAGGCAACUCACGGAGAUCCAGAUGUUUGUGGAGGAUCUGGGCAGCAUCGUGAAGGAGCUGCGGAGAGGCGAGGGUGGAGUGGUGGGAGCAGGAGGACAUUGAUGGUGGUGGUGUGGUGGGAGCAGGAGGACAUUGA